AUGUAUAUUACGCGUCUUUUCUUCCUCCUUCCUCUUGUGGCAGCUAUGCCCACCCUCGAUAUGACACCAGGGGAUGGACCGAGGCCGCGAUAUCCGUGGCUCAACGUCACCUUUGCCGACCUCAAAGUUGGCUGCACGAAACCAGGACCGACCUCGCUCUACUCCUGCACGAUGCAGUUCAACUUUUACGAUCCCAACUCGGAGCUUACGCAGGAGGUCAAUGACGCCUUUUGCAAAGUUUCGUGGGACUGGGACGGCACAAGCACCGUCCAGGGCCCGGGCAACAAUUACCCAGACGGCUUCACCAUCUGCUCGGUCGCGUUGUACAACUCGUUCCAGGUGCAGAUCAACGCCUUUCUUUCAGCAUCAAACUGGCAGAUGACGGUCAGCCACAAGUACAAGGACAAUGUACAUUUUAAGGAGCCAUGGAUCCUGCCCAACUCGUUUACGCAGGUGAAUAUUCCCGGGAAGCACCUUGAUGUGUCGCAGAUGCCCGUGGCGGGCCACUUCUUCUUUGAGGCCAUGCCGUCGUUCACCCACCAUAUCUCGGGCUUGUCGUGA